AGGGUAGGGAUUAACACCUCUAAGCAACGAGUAGUCAGCUCAAGAAACGCAGUCGACAUCGACGAGUGUCAAGAAGACGAUCAUCAUCACAUCAUCACCAUCAUAUCAUCAUGCUGCUUGCUAAGCUAACUUUCAUACUUUUUAUAUCACAUUCAACUUAUGGGUGGUAUCAUGAAAAAACGAGGUUUGAUCGGUCGAUAGAUUCAAAUGAUGAUUUACAAAGCUUAGAUUAUCAUCAUAACACACCUGCAAUAUUCGUUGAUUAUACUAUGCGUUAUGUGGCUUAUAAAAGUACUGAGGAUAACGUUUGCUAUUUGGAGAAGAUGAGAGACGACAAUUGGAAGUCAAUAUUGGCGGGAAAAAUCCGUCCGAAAAUUUUGUAUCCUUCUUUGCUGACAUUGACUGUUGUUGAAGCUUGGAAAUUAGCUGGCGGCAGGGUAGUAAAUUUUUGCGAGGGAAAUUCAAUAAAACUUCUGCAAGAAGUCCAGCCAGCGCCGCAGGACAUGGAGGAUCCAUUUUUAAAUGAAAUUCCGCAUGAUGAAAAUGAUAUUUUUCAGAAGCGCGUGACAGAUGUGGUGUUAACACCGCUUCUGGAUCGGGCUAAGAGGGAAAUUAUGCUGGAAAAUCGUGAAAAAAUAAAUGAAAGAGAGCGUGUGAGAACUCGGAGACAAACUUAUCCGGGAAAAUUUCGCGGUCAAACUCAGUCUCAGUAUUUGAAUUUCGAAAAAGAUGGCGAAAAAGGAGGAAAAGCUGAAGCGGAAGCUACUAAAGAGUCUUCUAGGGCUCUCGUUAGUGGUAGCAAUGGAAUGGGACAAGCACAGAGUAUGUCUGCAGGUGGUCUUGGGUGUGAAGACUGCCCGGGUUAUCAGAAAUUUCCUUCUGAAGUACCACCAGGGUAUGUAAGAUUACCGGGAGGUGCUAUAGUACCGGGAUCACCGGGAGUGGGUGUCCCUGGGAGUUAUCCAGGUAUAGGUGGUCCGGGGACAGUUAUUCCGGGGACGCCGGGAACGUAUCCAGGGGGAGUGAUUCCACCGGGUGGAGGUCAAACGAUACCAGGAACGUAUCCAGGGGGAGCGAUACCACCGGGUGGAGGUCAGACAUUUCCGGGAACGUAUCCAGGGGGUGUCAUACCACCAGGUGGAGGUCAAACAUAUCCAGGGGGUGUCUUACCGCCAGGUGGAGGUCAAACAACACCAGGAACAUAUCCAGGGGGUGUCUUACCACCAGGUGGAGGUCAGACGUUUCCAGGAACGUAUCCAGGGGGUGUGAUACCGCCAGGUGGAGGUCAGACGUUUCCAGGAACGUAUCCAGGGGGUGUGAUACCGCCAGGCGGAGGUCAAACAACGCCGGGAACGUAUCCAGGGGGUGUCAUACCACCAGGUGGAGGUCAAACAACACCAGGAACAUAUCCAGGGGGUGUCUUACCACCAGGUGGAGGUCAGACGUUUCCAGGAACGUAUCCAGGGGGUGUGAUACCGCCAGGCGGAGGUCAAACAACGCCGGGAACGUAUCCAGGGGGAGUGAUACCACCAGGUGGAGGUCAAACAACGCCGGGAACAUAUCCAGGGGGUGUCUUACCGCCAGGUGGAGGUCAAACAACACCAGGAACAUAUCCAGGGGGUGUCAUACCACCAGGUGGAGGUCAAACAUAUCCAGGGGGAGUGAUACCACCAGGUGGAGGUCAAACAACGCCGGGAACAUAUCCAGGGGGUGUCUUACCGCCAGGUGGAGGUCAAACAACACCAGGAACAUAUCCAGGGGGUGUCUUACCACCAGGUGGAGGUCAGACGUUUCCAGGAACGUAUCCAGGGGGAGUGAUACCACCAGGAGGAGGUCAAACAUAUCCAGGGGGUGUCUUACCACCAGGUGGAGGUCAGACAUUUCCGGGAACGUAUCCAGGGGGAGUGAUACCACCGGGUGGGGGUCAAACAUAUCCAGGGGGAGUGAUACCACCAGGCGGAGGUCAAACAACACCAGGAACAUAUCCAGGAGUUGUCAUACCACCAGGUGGGGGUCAAACAUAUCCAGGGGGUGUCUUACCACCAGGUGGGGGUCAAACAUAUCCAGGGGGUGUCUUACCACCAGGUGGAGGUCAGACAUUUCCGGGAACGUAUCCAGGGGGAGUGAUACCACCGGGUGGGGGUCAAACAACGCCGGGAACAUAUCCAGGAGGUGUCAUACCACCAGGUGGAGGUCAAACAACACCAGGAACAUAUCCAGGGGGUGUCAUACCACCAGGUGGAGGUCAAACAUAUCCAGGGGGUGUCUUACCGCCGGGUGGAGGUCAGACAUUUCCGGGAACAUAUCCAGGCGGAGUGAUACCACCGGGUGGGGGUCAAACAUAUCCAGGCACUACUAUUCCAGGAGUUGGACGACCAGGAACAUAUCCAGGUAGCAAUAUUCCGGGGACUGGACAACCCGCACCCGGAACACCCGGUUUUUAUCCAGGUGGGGUUAGUCCACCAGGCGGAACUUACCCAGGUGGAGUCAGCCCUCCUGGUGGCACAUACCCAGGCGGCGGUUACCAACCGGGAGUGAACCCACCCGGCGUGUAUCCAGGUAUAUCACCACCAGGUGGAGCUGUUUCAAUACCAGGAUCUUAUCCAGGAAUUUUCCCACCAGGGACACCCGGAACUUAUCCUGGAACGGUCAUCCCAGGUACUCCUGGUACUUAUCCAGGCUAUCCGACUCCCGGCGGCGGAAUUUAUCCAGGAGGAGUGGCACUACCAGGUGGCACUUUCUUCCCAGGUACUACUUACCCCGGCGGUAUCCAAUAUCCUCCUGGUGUUGUAUCACCUGCUGCAGAUGACGCAGAUUCUCAUGCUUCAAGCUCCGUUAAACAAACUGACUCCGGUACUCAAGCAAGUGCUUCAGCGGAUGGCAAAUAUGGAACAGGCACAGCUCAGUCUCAAGUCAGUGGUGUCUAUACAGGCGCUGGUUCAUUCUCCGCACAAGCGGGAAUCAACGACGGCAACAAAGGCGCACAAACCCAAGUAUCUGGUGGUAAAGAAGGCGCGAUGAGCAACGCCCAAGGCUUUGGAGGACACGGUAAAAGUCAAACUCAAGUUCAGUUAGAUUCUGAUACCGGAGCGACGACAACGGGAUCCCAGAGCAGCGGAUUCAAUCACGAUACCAGUUCACAAGUCCAGGCUAGUAUAAAAGGUGGGAUGGCCGAUGCACAAGCCAACGGAGAAGGCAGCACUUCUUCACAAGCACAAAUUGGGUUUCAACCAUACAUGGGCUCCGCUGAACUGGACAAAAGCCAAUCAAAACCCUUCAAAGGUGGAGGUACAGCUUCAGCUCAAAGUGGAACUUACCAAGGACAGUCUCAGUCACAAAUUGAGGGCUCGUUUCAAUAUGGAAUCACUUACACCGGUGCCGCUCAAGCUGGUUCUGGAUCUGGUGCUGCUUCAUCAAGGAAACCAUUCAACUUCACCAACUCAGACCCGAAACUCUUCAAAACCUUUGAAAAAUUCGAACCACUUAAAAUUACAAAUGACCAUAAAGAAGAACCACCAUCUCCAGCUGAACUUGACACAACAAUAACUGGAACCCAAACUAUAAAAACUGGCUCAAGUACUCGCAAAACUGUCAUCAAUCGGGCACCAAGUAGACAAGAGCCGCCAGAAAAACCUCAAGACUCUAAUUUUGAAGCUGGAGCCGUCGAGUACGACGCCGAUGAUGACAGCGAAUACGAAGAUGAAGACUACAGUUCUCCCACACCAGGAAGAAUGGGGGAAGCAAAGCUAAGAAACGCUGAUUCGCGUCAGAUUCAGUCCAUAAAUCUAGGAUUAGCUGGCAAGCAUGAUGUCCACGUUAAACAAGACUCGUCGAGACCCAAAAAGGGAGACGUUCUCCAACCAGGAGACUCGUUACCAGGCUACAAAGUUCCCCCAGGUCUCCGAGCUAGAGUAACUUCCGUCUCCGGCGAGCGAACUCAAGCCCAAGGGAAUGGAAAAUCUCAAGCCCAGACUGUCAUCUUGGCUCCUAAUCCAGACCGUUCACAAAUCGGGAAGUUCGUUCCUCCUGACACCAGGUCUCUAAAGCCUGGACACGCUCCCAAUUCCAUACAUGCUCCGAAUUCUAGAAAACAUAUAACUUCCGGAAACACGCGAUCGAUGACAUCAGCGCCAGUAAAAUCAAAUUACUACACAGUAACCAACAGCGUGGCCGGGAAAAUGGGUGACCCACGACAAAAGUAUGAGCACCGUUACUACACGAAGAGUUCAACGUGCGGUUACUUUACAUUCUCAUGCAAUAUCGUCCAUGGUUCCAAUGGCAGAACCAAAAUUUGUAAGCCGAAAAUGCCGACAUAUCCCGAUGGUACGCCGAUGAAAUGCUAGUUCUAUUUAAUUAUUUAUAUUUUUAUAUCAACAUAUCUAAUGCUACAUUAUUUAUGACAAUUAUAUAUAUCGUUUUAUAUAAAUAAUUUUAUCUAUUCAUCUUUAUAUUAUACAAUAAAAAAUAAAAUACCU